UCCCCGCCCUCUGUGCGGGGUCCCGGCACAGCGGCGCUGGGGUGUCACGGACCCCCGGUGAGGGACCGGCCCGGUCCGCCCCUGGCAUCCUUCCGUGGCUUCUUCGUGUCUUUUGUCACCGUUCUCCCCAAGCGUCGUUUUCCCCAAAUUCAGUACUUGUCACGUCAGAAUAACGAAAACUGAACAUCCGGUUAUAUUUAUUGUGUUUACGUACCGAUAGUUGUAACGUUUCUAUUUAGUUUAUAAUGUUUCUAAAUGUUUUCUUGCUUGUUUAUGUUUGUUUAUAGUAUUAUUUAUAAUGUACUUUUCAUGCGUAUUUAUUUAAUUCGUUCAUAUUUUUGUUAUAAUAGCUACUUAUUAAUGCUAUCUCUCUAUGAUAUAAAUAGAAAAGGGGGGGAAAGCCCCUAUAAAAUGGUGCUUUCUGUGCACAAACACAUCCCCAUGGAUCCUAUGAAAUUAAAGAUAUAUUUUCUAUCACUGGUCCACGAUAGUUUUACCAAGGCAGCUGUGAGUAACCUUUGACUGGAUUUCUCAGCUCCAGCCUAUGUUAUUUUCUUCGGUGGCAGCUCUGUCCCGAUGUAUAAUUUGGUUUGUCUCUCUACAUCCAUUUUAAAUUUGUCUUUCUCACCAGUAAUGGCAAGGUAUAAGAAAUGCAAACGAAAACGAAGAUCCCGAGCAAAAUUUCGAGUGGAAAAUAAGAGCAAUGCUGCAGCCCCCCGGUCCUCAGUCUGUCCCUCUCCACGGUCACCAGUUCAUCUCCCUCUGGACACAUCACCAGUCCCAAGGUGCUCCCGCUGGCCUUUAGCCUUGCCCAGCAUAAAAAGUAUGGUCAAACCCUUGACAACAGCAGCAUCGUUUCUGUAUUGGUGGUGCCAGAGCACGGUUGCACAGAGCUUUCAGGUGGUUAAAGACACCAUAUUUCCAUCACAAGUCUACUUAAGGGAACUAAAUAUGCUCAGGGAGAAGCUGGAGAAGUUGGAAAGUGAAUUUUCCAAGCUACAAGGAGAACUCCAGGUGAACAGAGUGGCAGCUUUGUCUUCAGAAAGUUCUCUUUGCCAGAGGUGUCAUAAGCCAGUCCUGGCUGCUCCUGUGGGGACACAGAUGGAUCCUCCACCAUCACUAUCCGUGCCUGUGUCCAUCCCCCCUCCUCCUCCUCCUCUUCCUCCUCCUCCUCCACCACCGCCGCUGCCUCCACCAAAACUGCCUCCAGCACCUCUCCUCCAAUGGGGCACAGCCUCUAAACUGGCACCCCCAGUGAAAAAGGAUGGGCCCGUGCACAUCACCCUCAAAGACCUCCUGAAUGUUAAACUGAAGAAGACAAACAGCAAUCUGAGAAUGGACAAGGAACAAUCACCAGUGAAGCCACGAAGGGCAUUAAUUACAGUCACAGAUCUACAGAGUGUUAGUCUGAAACCUAAAUCCAAGCCAUCACCUCAUGCUACAAAAUCUUCAAUUACCUCCCCUAAAAAUCAGAUUGAUCUUCGGAAACACCUGAAGAAAGUUGAUAUACUAAGAAGUCCUGGUGGCACUCCUUUAAAUAGUAAAGAGAACACUGAAUGUGGCUCUGGGCUGACACCAAUAAUGACACGGGCACUACGGCGCAAAUUUCAGAUGGCUCACCCAAAGAGUCCCUCGCCUGCACGGUUGAGUGCUGCAAACAGCUUUGAUGAAAAGUAAAAAGGAAAGUAGGUUUAUGGAACAAAUUAUUUUCCAUUUGUGGUCAGGAAGCUGCUUGAAUCCCAUUUUUAUCACACUCAGGCACAUGUAUGUUUAAGUAAAUGUAGUGCACAGGAAAACGGGGCAUUAUGAAACCCUGUAAAGCAGAUUGUGCUUUUUAUCUGUCUCUAAUGUCUCUCAGUUUGGUUGCAUUUUCAUUCAUAAUAGAAAAAAAAUAGGAAAUUUCCCAAGUCUUUUGACACCUGGAUGCUGCUGAAGCAGGGACUAUUAUAUUCCCAGUACUGGUGCUGCUUGUCAUACAAAUAUGUGUGUGUUUGCUGAAAUUCAGUAUUUUUGUAUCUUUUUUAAACAAAAAAUAUCUUGACGGUGUUUGUACAGUUUCAAAGAAAAGCAACAGUUUAAUGCACUAAUGUUAUUAAAGUGGAAAGCUGCAAGCUUCAACAAACAGUUUGGCUACAAAUGUAUGAAGCCCUUGCACUGUGUAUCAUUGAUGGCUGGUGUCUGAUCACUAUUAAAAGGCUGCGCUGCUUGAA